GGCACACAAUAAAAAUAUUUAAAAAUGCAAAAUCCUUUAGUGAAACACAUUAAAUGUAUUGCGUGCAAAAUCACAGCAAGAAACAGAACUAAAUCUCUAAGAGGACACAUCUGAUAAACUGUUUUGCAUCUAAAUGCUGUGGAAUUUAUUUCCCAUUGAUCUGGGCAACACCCAAUAAACAGUGUUUGGGAAGGACAGAGCCUUUCAAAAUAAAACUUGAAGGAUGACUGGACAUAUGUUCUAUCUGUCACAUGCUCAUAGGUGCGGUCAUGACCUUAGUCAGACUGCACAAGGAGACUUAGUGGCCCGUUCCAAGGCUGAAGCUGCAAGUAGCUCUUGGGUCAACUCCCUUCACUUUUAACUGGUCAGCAGUAAGAGGUAGGCAGACACAGGGACUCCAGGCGUGUCUUGAGAAGUUGGGGCUUUAUUGCCAGCAACACUGAGCUCAAACAGUACACUAAUGGCACUUUAACUGCUCCAGUAUCAACAGGCAUGGACUUAGAGUCACUCUUGGACAUCACUGGACUCCAACCAGACUAACCUGCCUUUGUUAGAUAGAGGAGGAUAGUGGAUAGACUCAGAAACAGGGAAGAGAGCGGGGAGAGACAUAGGUAAAGUGCCACAGGCCGCGCGCCCCGCAUCUUCGUUCUGGUCUCUGAGCAUUUCAGCUUGAAGCUUUGUAAGCUGGAUCCAUCUGAUGACGACAUGGAAUCUGGACAAUCCAUCAGCUUUAAAAGGUUAGAAAAUCUCAUGAAAUGCCAGAGCAUUUUGUAAAACACGAAACUUUGAUGAAAAGGAAAAACAUUCAAUAAAUGCAUAAAGUUUACAUGUAGUAUUUGCAUUUUAAUUUUUAAUAUUUCUUGAAAUGUAUGAAGAAAAAAGUGUAUCUGUUAAUUCUUUUUUUGCAUAUCAUCAAAUGUUUUUGUGGUUUAUGAAUGGUUCAGCAUUUCAUGAAAUGUUUUUGCAGUUGUCUUUCUGGGCCACCGUACCCGCCCUCCCUCUUUGUGCCCUCUCUUCAUUUCCAGUCUCAGCAGGUGCCUCGGUGCUUUCACUCACUGGUCUUCAGCAUCACUCAGAAACUCUGUCCUCCUGAUUCACCAGAAGCUGCAAACCGUCACUUUUUAUUCUCACAUCUGGCUGCUUCUUCACAUCCAAAAACUCUGAAACCAUUUUCAACUGACGGACAGAUAAACUAAAAGGUACGUCUGCUUUGCCUUGCUCUAACAUAUGUUGGGGAUCAUCUUUCAGCAGCAGGAGGAUAUGCUUUCUUGCAGCUCCAAAGCAUCUCAUAAAUCAAAUUUCUUUGUUUAAAUACUUGUAAGAAUGAAAUAACAAAUAUUCAAGAUGCAGACUUUUUGCCAUAUUUGUGCAGCUCUACACAUCUUUCUUUAAAAUAUUGCUUCUGCUUCAUUACUGUUUCAUUUGUACAGCUCAAACAUUUGAAAAAUUACAGUUAGAGAAAAUAUUGGGCAUGCAGUAUUUCAAAAUCUUGACAAAUACAUGAGGAAGAAGAAUGCAUUUUUAUUUUCAUGCAUUCAGUAUCAAAAAGGGGCACUGAUAAACAUUAAAAACAAUUAUGGAGGAACAUAAAAUUUUAAAAAAAAGGGCAAUAAGCAGAAGAGAACACACAAAGAAAAAGAUAAAGGACUGCAUUUGAAAGAUUGUGCAAACAUCCAGCAAAAGUAAGCUAAGGUAUUUUGCAUGUUAAAAUAAGUUGUGUAUAUCUAACUAAUAAAAAAGUUAGACAUAAACAGAAGUAAACAUUAAUGUUUUAGCAGGGAUUUAGUGAGCUGACAGUUUUGCGCGUGUAAGAAAAGGUGGCCAAAGAAAAACUGCAUGUUCAUCUGGGAACAAAACUCUAAACUGUAGAGAAAAUGUAGAUAACCCUAACCCCUAUUAUUAAAAAAAUCACCUCCAGCCAGAAUUUCUCUGUGCAUUUUGCAAAUUUUUUUGCAAAAAUCCAGGACUUAGAAUGAUCACUAUACAUAUUCUUUUUUGCAUCUCCUGUAGCAGGAUGCAGCGUUUCAGAGAAGGGAUCCAUAUCCGAACCAUGAAGGCAAAAAGAAAAGUGGAGGAGAUCUCCAAAGAGGACGUCCAUGCAUUCCUCAAGAAGAAUGCUUUUGUGCUCUUUACAGUCGGAGCAGUCAUCGUUGGAAUCGUUCUGGGUUUUGCUCUGCGUCCGUAUAAGAUGACUUAUCGAGAAGUGAAGUACUUUUCAUUCCCAGGAGAGCUGUUAAUGAGGAUGCUGCAGAUGUUGGUGCUUCCUUUACUCAUCUCCAGUCUCAUCACAGGAAUGGCCGCUCUGGACAGCAAAGCUUCAGGAAAGAUGGGAAUGAGAGCAGUGAUUUACUACAUGACCACCACCUUCAUCGCUGUCUUCAUCGGGAUCAUCAUAGUCCUCAUCAUCCAUCCUGGAAAAGGCUCCAAGGAUGAGUUUGGAAAGCAGCAGACGAUAGAGCAAGUCAGUCCUGCUGAUGCCUUCUUAGACCUCAUCAGAAACAUGUUUCCUCCAAACCUGGUCCAAGCCUGCACACAGCAGUUUAAAACCAAAUAUGGGAAGCGUGUGGUCCAUGUGACAGUGACGAUGAAUGACACCAUCUUCAACUCGACUAAUGGCACCCAGGAGGUGAUGGAGAUCACCCGGGAGGAGGUGAUCCCGGUGCCAGGUCAGGUGAACGGGGUCAACGCCCUCGGCCUGGUGGUCUUCUCCAUGUGCUUCGGUCUGAUCAUCGGUAAUAUGAAGGAGCAGGGUCAGCUCCUCAGGGACUUCUUCGACAGCCUCAACGAAGCCAUCAUGAGGCUGGUGGCCAUCAUCAUGUGGUACGCUCCCAUCGGAAUCCUCUUCCUGAUUGCAGGAAAGAUUGUAGAGAUGGAUGAUCUGACUCAGAUGGGAGGACAGCUAGGGAUGUACACCAUCACGGUCAUCAUUGGUUUAAUGAUUCACGCCAUUCUGAUCCUCCCAACUCUGUACUUCGCCAUCACUCGGCAAAACCCGUUCAUCUUCAUUGCUGGGCUCCUGCAGGCUCUGGUAACAGCUCUGGGGACCUCAUCAAGCUCAGCUACCCUGCCCGUCACCUUUAAAUGUCUGGAGGAAAACAACAAAAUCGACAAAAGGAUCACACGCUUUGUUCUUCCUGUCGGUGCCACCAUCAACAUGGACGGGACGGCCCUGUAUGAGGCGCUGGCGGCCAUCUUUAUCGCCCAGGUCAACAACAUGGAGAUGAACUUUGGUCAGAUCAUCACUAUCAGUAUCACGGCGACUGCAGCGAGCAUUGGCGCUGCUGGCAUCCCUCAGGCCGGCCUGGUUACCAUGGUGAUCGUGUUGACCUCUGUGGGACUUCCUACUGAUGACAUCACUCUCAUCAUUGCAGUUGAUUGGUUCCUGGACCGUCUGCGUACAACCACUAAUGUUUUGGGGGACUCGAUCGGAGCUGGCAUUGUGGAAUUUCUGUCUCGACACGAGCUCCGCAGCAAAGACGUGGAGAUGGGAAACUCAGUGCUGGAGGAGAAGGAGAGGAAGAAACCAUACAAGCUCAUCUCUCAGGAUAGUGAUUUUGAAAACGACAAACGUGCUCACACUGAAUCACACAUGUAGGUCAUCCUCAACACAUUGUCUAACACUAACAGCUGGUUCUUUUCAGAGGAGUAGGGACCUAAAUGUAAAGUCAUCAGACAUUUGGAUUUGUUAGCUCUUCUUCAUUGUUCCAGAUGUUGAUUCAUCACAUUCCUCUUCCAUCCUAAAGACAACCUCAUUUAUUAUAAGCAUCUUCAAAUAGGCCUGGUAGUUUCUGAACUUUAUGUUUACUACAUUAUAUUUAACUCAAAGAGGAUAAGGAGGAUGAUGAUUUUUUAAGAGAUAGAGAUCUGAAAGCUAAGGUUAAAAUGGAGUUUUAGAGGGUUACUUGAUUUUUUAAACCUGGGCCUUAGUCUGCAGCAGUGAAACAGGCUAUAGUGACUGUAAGCUAUUAACAGCUGAUACUGUUCAAGAGGAGCUGUUUAAUUAACCACAAAUAGCCGUUUUUCACUCUCUACAAAGACAGAAACUAAAAAUUAAACAUAAUUGGCUGCUGGUUUAAGGUCAGUUAGUAGAGUAGGCGUACAGAGGAAACAGCCCUCUACACAUGUGUGAUGCAUUCUUCCUGUCUCCUCAGCUGUCCCAUCAGGUUAAAAGGCAAUAAUAAUAAUAAUUAUAAUCAUCAUCAUCUUUAAAGUCC